CACAGCGUUCUUCAGGGGUUUAAACACAUUCAGCCGGAUCCACACCCUAUGGAAGUUCCCCACAAAAUCAUGAGACGGUUGUUCUGUGAAUAGCACUUCCCUCGCCUUUGCGGCUAGUGGAGUAACCAGGUGAGCAAACAGAUCUGGAACAUGAUCCAUAUGUCAAUCGUCUCCAGCUUGAUGGAUGAAGGUUUUGAGACCCCAUCAUAAGGCGCAAGAAGCACUGCAUCCCCUUGGAAAUUCCAAGGUCCCUCAUGCAUAACUCUCUCCCAAUCUCCUAAACAGGACAGUUGAACUGAGUACAGAUUAUCUUCCAAGGGCUUAAAUUUGGCCUCCUGUGCUAUAUUCCAUGCUGACCGCAUGUUUCUGUAGAACCACGUCUGACUGUAUGAUUUGGAGGUGUUUACCCUAGCCAGAGCAAUCCAUCUGGGUCCCUGUGGAGGCGCAUCUUUCUCAUCAAAGAUCACAUCAUCAAGAUCUUCUUCCUUCAGCCCAAGUUCUGCCAUCAUCCGCUCGACAUCGCUUGCGCCCGAGGAGCCUGAGGCCCCUUCAGCCGCCAUCAGAAGAACCUUACCCGAUGCAAAAGUGACCGGGUAUAUUGGGGAGACCCUAGAACCACCGUUCCCUGCCUAACCUCGCGCGAGAAGAGUGCGACGGAGGAAGACAGAGAGAGAUCGCUGAUAGGGAAGGAAAAGCGAUCUACUCGACGGCAUCGUAGUCGCCGCCGCGAGAAACAAAAACCCUAACUCGAGGGAACUGCACUUUUCCUUUAUCUAGAAAAAACUGGGCUUUUUUGGCCCAACUAGAGGCUCGAGGGUUUUUAUAGUGGUUAGCCUGGGGGCCUGUGAGCGAAGCAGUCGUUCGUUCCACUCCUUCCCCCGAUCGAAUUUUCGUUCGGCAGGGAGAUCGACUCGUUCGGACGGGGGUUUCUCAGGGUCCAAAAUUUUUUUCACAAGAUACCGGCUGCCUCAAAUCGAAUCUGGAGAACACAAUCGCGUAUCCUUGUUCCCAUGGGGUCGACAGACCCACCUGGUGCCGAGAGGAGGAGGCCUGCUCCUCCGCCGCCGUCCCCUAUCGUCCACCUCUCCUUCAGCAGCGACGCGUCCUGCUUCGUCGUCGCCGGCACCUCCAGCGUGCAUUGGCUUUCAUGUGACACCUUCGGCCUGCGUGGCCUCUACCAAGAAAAAGAUGCCAGAAAGACCAUCGCCGCAGCGGCCGGCGACAUGCUCAGCCUCAAGGAAUCAGCAUGUGCCACCAUGAGCUGCGUCGACAGCACCAAGUUCUUCAUCCGGCGUUGGAAGCCGGGAUACAUGAACUACCACUGGCGGUACUUCGAGGGGGAGAAGACAUACACCGGAGGCGAAGACGACGUGCGGGCAGUGCGCGUUCACGGCGCGAAGACCGUCGUCGUGCUCGUCGACCGGCUGGAGGUGCUCGGCUGCAGGACCAAGGACACCGAGGACAAAGAGCUUUGGUUGCUGCACUCGGUGGUGACGGGGGGCAAUCCCCUUGGCCUCUGCGCUGUGUCACCAGGCGCGCCCUUCACGUUCGCGUGCCCCGGCGCCAGGGAUGGUGAGGUGCACGUCGAGCGGUGGGAGGACAAGGGGGAGGUCGCGGGGUCCGUGGUGGCCAUACGUGCACACUCUUCCCGCCUUGCAUCCAUUGCCAUGUCUUGCGACGGCCGGCUCGUGGCCACAGCUAGCGUCAGGGGCACCCUCGUGCGCGUCUUCAGCGCCACUGACGGCGCGUUGCUCCAAGAGCUGAGGAGAGGCCGAGACGGAGCAGACAUCCACUGCAUCGCCUUCUCUCCGGAUUUAAAAUGGUUGGCGGUCAGCAGCGACAAGGCGACCGUGCACGUGUUCAGCGUCAAUGUCGAUUUGCCAAGCCUGACACCGGAGGACAGCAACGGUCCCGGCGGUCUCCUAGCAGCCCCGGCGCCGUCGUCUCCAGCAGUAGCUACAGCCAACAAGAGGUCGUCGCUGUCGUUCGCUGGAGGAUUCUUGCCGGGCUAUUUCAGUUCAGAAUGGUCGUCGACUCAGAUCCGCGUCCCUGAAGGCACCAAGUACUUGGUCGCGUUCAGCAGUCAGCCAAACACCCUUCUCAUCCUCGGCAUUAAUGGACGCUUCUACCGGUGCCGAUUCGACCCGGAAAAAGGAGGCGUAGUGGACGUGCGGCACAAAGGGACGCCUUGUGGGAGUGAGGAACAAGACGUGGAGUGCAUCAACUUCAUGAAUCCGAGCAAGAAAACAUCUAAUUCGAAGCCAUCAUAUGGCAGCUAGCCUUGUUAUCUUUGCUUUCUUCAUCUUCGUCUGUCUUAGGGAUGCGGAUUUGGAACCUCCAGGGUAUCCUUCGAUCCUACUUAUAGUUCAACUAAAUGAACUAACUUUUCAGAAUUCACCUCACUUUUGAAAAAAUAGUUCAUUUGGUUGAACCAAAAAAGUAUCGGAGGGUAUCCUUUAGAUUCAACAUUUGCAUCCCCAGUCUGUCAGAACAGUAAUAAAUGCACUACUGUCUGCGGCCCUACACCAUUUUGGAACGGUGCAUGAUUUUGUUUUUGUUCAAUGCAUUUUGUUACUGUUG